AUGCCACAGAUCGAGCCCAUCCACCAAGUCUUCCUCAAUUUCUACGCCGCUAUAUCUUACGAGCUACUCGGACAGGCAGCCCACCUCUAUUCGAGAACGAAGGUUUCUUUCUUGAAUGCGGCGCUAGAUUGCUUUGCCAAUUGCGGUGCUGUUUUACCGGAACCAAUGCCUCUGCCGAAGCGCCCUACGAUUGAGAAAACACCUCCCCCUCCAAGUCCACCUGUAUACUAUCCUUCGACACCUCGGACACCUAGACGCAGUCUACUUGCAUUUGAUGGGGGGCUCUUCCAGUCACCGCGGCGUGAUUCUCUCGUUCGAAGUAUCACACGACUGAUCGACAUCUCUCUUUGGGAUUUGGAGGAAGACGACCCGUUCAUUUCGGAUGAUGAGAAAGGCCUCGAGAACAAAUUCAAGCUGUCUCUCUCUCCGCUCGCAAGGAAGACAGCGACAAAGGCCGAAAGGGAUCGUCUCUUCCGAGUCAUGCUCUCCCCGACCAGAACACCGGCAGCCAAGAUCAAAGAGCCACUGAAGAGAAAUACUACCGCCAAUCUUAUACCCUCCCCCCUGCGUGUCCGCAAACCCUCAGAAGGGUCAGGGCCUCGCUUGGCCAAACCAAAAUUCGUCGAAACCCCCAGCAGCGGCGGCAGUUCUCCGAAAUCCCAGAGCAGAAGCUCGAAUAGACCUCGCCCUCCACCCUUGCCUUUGAGAAUCAUCCCAGCCACAGAACUAAAUAUUGACUCUCAAAAAUGCGAUAUACGAGGUCUCCCCGCCAGAAAUACGAAACGCCCACCCUCCAGCGGCAUAAACAAUGUUCAAACUCCGCGAAAGACCACCGCGCCUGCGAAACCGACGGAAGAAAUGACACCAGCGCGCGUGGCACAAAUCAUUCGAUAUAACCGCGACAUUGAGACUCUGCACUCCCAAAUAACAAUCAACAUAAAUUCGAUACAGCAGCACGUGGAUCACGUCUUGGAUAUUCAACGCACCCGUCGAUCUCAUCAGAUGCAGCGCUCCAUCUCAUUCUGGAGCUUUGACCCCAUCAAGUCUGGGAACGACGACGAAGAGGAGGAGGGACUUGGCGCGGGUAAAGAUAGGGAGCCGAUUCUGGACGAAUUCGGCAAUUUCUUGGUGAAGGAGACGAAGGCGCAGCGGAUUGCUCGUCUGCGGUCGGAGGGGUGGGAGACUGUUGGACUGCGUUCGCCACGGAGUACAUGGAAGGGAUCGCGGUAUUAUCAGGAAUUUUGCGCUAUGGUUCUGAAUGAGAUGUACCUGGAUCGGUGA